AUGAUGCACAAACGAUUCAACAGCUUUCUCAUGGGUUUGAACGUAGACUUCCCAGACCCAAGCUUUCUCAAGGCCGCAGAUGAAAAAUGGUACGCCUUUGGCACAAACGGAAACGGCAAGCGUAUCCAAGUAGCCAGUUCCACCGACUUCAACACAUGGACACUCCUAGAUAUCGAAGCACUCCCCACAUUAUCAACAUGGGAGACCACUAAGGAUCACUACGGGCCUGAUACGAUCUUGCGCGACGAUGGAAAGUACGUAAUGUACUAUUCCGGCGAAGCCAAAUCAGACAUAGGCCACCACUGCAUCGGAACCGCCAUAGCAGAUAAACCUACUGGACCAUAUGUACCUAGCAACACACCACUAUCCUGUCGACUGGAGCAAGGCGGCUCAAUCGACCCCUCGGGAUUCGCCGAUGCAGACGGCACUCGGUAUGUGGUAUUUAAAGUAGAUGGCAACAGCAUUGGAAACGGUGGUGACUGCAACAACGGAGUCGAACCACUUGUCUCAACACCAAUAAUGCUACAGAAGUUACAAGCGGACUGCAUCACGCCUAUCGGGGAUGCAGUGCAAAUUCUCGAUCGAAGCACGGCGGAUAAUGAUGGGCCGCUUGUUGAGGCGCCGAGUUUGGUACUUCAUGAGGGGACUUAUUUCCUUUCUUACUCGACGCAUUGUUAUACUGAUAUGGCGUAUGAUGUGCGUUGGGCUACGGCUAGCAGUGUUGCUGGGCCGUAUCAUAAGACGAAUGUUCAAUUAGUUAAGACGGAGGGAGGGGGUGGAUUGACGUCACCGGGUGUGGCGACAUUUUGUGGAUGUGGGGAUCGGAUGUUGUUCCAUGGGUGGUGUAAUUUUGCGAAGACAAGGAGAUGUAUGUAUGUGGCGGAUAUUAGUCUUACUGGGAAGUAUGCUGCAAUUGUUUGA